UGUGUAGUUCCUGCUACUUCCGCUAGGGACGCACUCUUCCCCUGCCUACAGUACUGUUAUACCACACGGCGCUGCAGACGUCUCACACAGCAGCGGCCUACUAACAUCUCUAUUCUUCCACCAUGGACGCCGGUUUCUUCCGCGGCACAAGCGCGGAACAAGACAACCGGUUUAGCAACAAGCACAAGAAACUACUGAAGCAACUGAAAUUUGCAGAAUGUCUCGACAAAAAGGUUGAUAUGACCAAAGUGAACCUGGAAGUCGUAAAGCCAUGGAUUACUCAACGAGUGACAGAGGUUUUGGGGUUCGAGGACGAUGUCGUCAUAGAGUUCAUAUUUAACCAGCUCGAAGUUAAGCACCCGGAUAGCAAGGAUAUGCAGAUUAACUUGACUGGUUUCCUGAAUGGGAAAAAUGCUAGAGAGUUUAUGAGAGACCUCUGGCCCCUGUUGCUGAGUGCCCAGGAGAACAUUGCUGGCAUCCCAACUCCAUUUUUGGAACAGAAGAAAGAGGAAAUCAAGCAGCGACAGAUUGAACAGGAGAAGCUUGCAUCCUUAAAGAAAUCUGAGGACGACAAAAAGGACUCACGGGAGAGGGCUCAGUCAAAGAGCCCAAGAAGACGGAAGACAAGGUCACCAUCGCCGCGACGCAGGUCACCAUCGCCGCGACGCAGGUCACCAUCGCCGCGACGCAGGUCACCAGUGAGGCGGGAAAGGAAACGUAGUCCCUCACGUUCCCCAAGGCGCAACGCUAGUCCAGCUGGUAGAAACUCACCUCCUCCACCCUUAAUGCAGCUGCCCACAAAACCUGUGGAGCAGCCUAUGGAGCCUGAUAUAUCAGGAAAAACUCUGACAGAACCAGUCGUCCAAGAGGCAUCUUCCACCAGUGAAACUGUCAUUGAGGUGGGGAAAGCAGACUUGGUGAUUGAAAAGAAAGAACCGUCACAUGAGAUGAAUAAGAAAGAGGGACGGCCCAAGUCCAGGGAUAGGGAGAAGGACAGUAGAAAGGAGAGACCUCGCCACCGCUCCCGUUCUUAUUCCCACUACCGCAAACGACGCUCUCGUUCAAGAUCUUACUCGCCACGUAGAAGGCAGAGUCCCAGAAGGAGAAUGUCACCACGUCGAAGAAGCCCACCCAGACGGGGCCCUACCAGCUCCAGAAACAGACACAGGCGUUCUCCUGUCCGCAGGAGGCGCUCUCGCUCUGCUUCGUCCUCUGCGAGCAGCUCCUCACGCUCUCACUCACCCAAAAAAGUGAUGAAAAGAAUAUCCAACUCACCCCCGCGAAAACCACCGCAGAUUCCUGGUGCCUCUAUUAGCCCUCCCAGGAAAGUCAGGCGGUCACCAUCUCCACGGGCCAGAAGGGGAAGAGGUUCGCCAUCUCCCAGAUCUUCUGGUUUUAAGAGAAAAUCUGGUGCUUGGGGUGAUUCACCUUCUGAUAACAUUAAACCCAGGCGGUCUGGGUCAGAAUCAGACGAUUAUAAACAUGAAAAAGGCACAACAGCAGAUUCAGUGCAGCAGAGACGGCAAUAUCGCAGACAAAAUCAAGAGUCCUCUUCAGAUUCAGGAUCUUCCUCUGAAGAUGAAACAUCCAAGCGGCCAAAGACAGGACCAGGUGCAAGAAAUGGAGACGUUCGAAGGAGACGUACCCACACACCUUCCCCGCGUAGGCGACCCAGAGAUGCCUCUCCGAGGAAAAGACAGUCACCAUCUCCUGGUGCACGCAGACGCCGGUCUCCUAGUCCCCCAAGGCGUCGCAGGUCGCCUUCUCCAAGAAGAAGGUCCCCUUCCCCACCUUCUCGCAGACGAUCUCCAUCCAACAGGCGUUAUUCACCUCCCAUCCAGCGUCGUUACAGCUCUUCACCUGUACCUCCUCAGAAGAGGAAAUUAUCUAGUUCUCCCGCAAGACGUGCUUCACCGAGUGGAAAACGGCGACUUUCUAGGUCCCCAAAGCGUAGGGGUUCUCCUGCACAGCGGAGGCGUACACCUCCCUCUUCUUCAUCGCCGCCUCGACACAGAAGAAGCCCUAUGUCCUCUGCUGGUCGGCCACAGAGGGACGCACGAUCCCCUGUUGCAGCAGCAAGCCGCCGCUCGCCGUCCCCUGCAAACCGUGGUCGCCCUAUCAGAGGUUCCAACAGUCCUGUGAGACGCUUUGAAACCUCCAUCCAGCGGAGACAGUCGCCAUCACAUAAUGACAAACCUAUCAGAAGAGUUUCACGUACCCCAGAGCCACGCAACAAUCAGAGACCUUCGCCGGGCCCCCAGCCCUUGAGAAGAGUUUCCUCCAUAUCUCGAUCUGUUUCCCCUCAGCCAGCAGUUGUUAAACAACCAGCACCUGCGUCUGCCUCUCCAUCACCGUCUCGCUCGGCCAGUGUGUCCCCGCCACCAGCCAAGAAGGCCAGCAGUGGCUCUGGCAGCCGGUCACCUAGCAAGAAUUCAGAUGCUGAUGGAAGUGCAAAGAAGAAGAAGAAGAAGAAGGACAAGAAGCAUAAGAAGGACAAGAAGCAUAAGAAGCACAAGAAGCACAAGAAGGAGAAGAGCGACAACGUGGGGACUGGAGACAGCCAGCAGAACCAGGGUGGGGAUGAAGAUGGUGAAUCACGAAAGGAGUCAGAGAGUGAAGUGGAUGACAGCUUGGAUGACCUGGAGAAACACCUUCGAGAGAAAGCGCUGCGCUCAAUGAGGAAGGCACAGGUGUCUCCAUCACAGAUGUCCUAAUACUGGCCCUGUUGAAAAAAAAGUUUCCGUGUAACUUCAAUGUUUUGUGAUCAACCUGAUUCAGCUCUAGAAUGUACAAACUGCAGUCUUUUUGUUUCUUUAUAAGGAUUUGGUACAUUUUGAAGUGUUUAUUCUGAGUUUUGAUUUUGUCUGCCUGUUAUCAAAACUGUACAAAACUUGUUGUCUAUAACUACUAAAUUGAUAAGCAUGACAUCGAUGUACACAGACAGUUGAGAUGGACAUGUUUCAUUCCCCACGCCUCUAAACCAGAUUUAGAUUCUUUUUAAGAAAAGAUUGGAUGUGCAGUGAUUUUUUCUGUGUAUGUUCAUGCACAGCAUUACAUUCAGAGCGUCAUGGCUGUGUAACAGGCUGUAACAAAAGCAAGUCUGGUCCUUCUGGCAGUACUCAAUGGUUUAAAGAGGAUGCUUUAAUUUAUCUAUCUCAACUUGAUUUGUUUUUGACAUCCUCGCACCAAACUGAUUUAUGGGAAACUGCAUUAUGUUUUGUAUUUAGUUCCCCAAAGUUGUCGUGUCAUCCUUUCAGAAAUAAAGCCUUUUUAUAGGA